AUGGAAGGGGAACCGAGGGAAAUGAAGCCAGGGUACUACACAGUCGAGUUAAAUAGAACAAUUUGGGCAGUGCCAGUCUAUUAUCAAAAUCUGACACCUGUUGGGACUGGAGCGUACGGAACUGUGUGUGCUGCGGAAUGCCUACGAACGAAUACUCGUGUGGCCAUCAAGAAGUUCAGUCGGCCAUUUCAAUCAGUUAUUCAUGCAAGAAGGACGUACAGAGAACUAAGGCUUUUACGCAGCAUGGAUCAUGAGAAUGUCAUCGACAUGUUGGAUGUAUUCACCCCAGAUGCGACUUGUGAGCAGCUCACAGAUGUUUAUUUUGUUUCUAUGCUGAUGGGUGCUGAUUUGUCGAAUAUUCUGAAAAUCCAGCGGCUGAAUGAUGAUCACAUUCAAUUUCUUAUUUAUCAAACAUUACGAGGUUUAAAGUAUAUUCACUCGGCCGGUAUCAUUCAUCGUGAUUUAAAACCGUCAAACAUAGCUGUUAAUGAGGAUUGCGAGCUAAGGAUUCUGGAUUUUGGCCUUGCUCGGCAAACCGACAACGAAAUGACAGGUUAUGUGGCGACUCGGUGGUAUCGUGCUCCAGAAAUUAUGUUGAAUUGGAUGCACUACACACAAACAGUCGAUAUCUGGUCUGUCGGCUGCAUCCUAGCCGAGCUUAUCACUGGCAGAACCCUUUUUCCAGGAUCUGAUCAUAUCGACCAACUGACCCGAAUUAUGAACGUUGUUGGUACUCCGAAUGAAGAGUUCCUUGCUAAAAUUCAAUCUGAAGAAGCCAGGAACUAUAUAAGGAAUCUUCCGAAGAUGCCCCGAAAGGACUUUAAGAGACUCUUUGCAACAGCUAGUCCUGCAGCUAUUGACCUGUUAGAGAAAAUGCUUCAACUGGAUCCAGAUUACAGGUCUGCUGAAGCAAUGGAGCACGAGUACCUUGCCGCUUACCAUGACGAAACAGACGAACCGAUCUCUGAGGAGCUGGAUUUAGACGAGGGAGUAGAGUCGACAAAUAUCGAUGAGUGGCGACGGUUGAUAUGGAAUGAAAUCGAAGACUUCGCAGUGAGCCUUUUUUUUCUUCUUAAAAACUUUCAUUAG